GGCACCAAUGCAUUAGCAGCUGGGUCUGGUCUACUUAGUUUAUAUGAACCAGAUUUAAACAGCGAGUGAAAUAUCUCGCUUCAUCUUCAGUCUUUGCUUUAACCACAGAAAUGACUUUGAUAUAACUUGUCGGACCAGAAAUACGACCGGCAAUGUUGUACAGUAGUGAUACAAUUCUGCUGACUGAGUUUUAAAUGAAAAUGUUAUUCGAAACUGAAGUACAAUUUAAUUUCUGUGCAUGCCUCCCCUUCCUAAACGUGAUAUAAUCGUAGCUGAUUUCUCAAGAAUAUGAGUUCAAAUUUAGUGAGCCAGCUUUCAAAGUCUGUGCUAGUCUAAUUGGCUUAACACAUUCAAACACCCCAAUCACAUGACAGGCCCUUCUCUGUUCAUUACCUCGAAUAAAGCUCUAGUCUGAAACACCACGCCUACUUUUACCCAGUCUUUCUAUGCACUUAGCCGAAAUGAUUUAUCUAGUGGUCUGUGUAUUGUAUUGAAUACAUAUCUAGCUCUUUGAAUUGUUUAUACAUGUAGGCAAUCAUAUGAAAUACAAUGUAACCAUCAACAGAAAAAAUAGAAAUGACCUCUACAGAAAUGUGUGAAACGUAAAACAAAUGUAAUUAAUCUAGGAAUUCCACAAGUCACAUUUCUCCAUCAAAAAAAAGUGAAGAAAAACAUUUGCCCCAACAGCCACAAGAAAUAAUAAUCAAACGGAAUAACAUUACACCAAAUAACAUCUGAGUAGGCUCCAAUUCUGAAUCCAAAGCCAUUCAUAUUACAUCUGUUUUGCAUCCAGACAAUCUUUGCUUUUUUUCCGCGUAGAAAUGACACCAUCUGGUGGGAGACAAUGGAUUUUUUACUUGACCGUGGUUCUUCUAUCACUCGCAUUCUGAUUGGUCUCUGUGUGUUCCCAGGUCUCCGCUCUACGCAGCUGGUAACGGGCCGCAAAAGCGUUGCUAGGAUACAUUGCAACAAAUGUGUCCAUCGUUACUGGAUACAGUCCUACAGAAAACAUUCCGUCAAAGGCACUUUUUUUUUACACAACGACGUUGUAAAACUGUCUAGUGACAACAAGAAUAGUGCCAUGCAACUUUCUGUAAGCUCUGAAUGCUCUUUUUUAGAUUCAUACGAUUGAAACCAAAAUACAUUCAGAUCAAAUGGAAACUGCGACUGUUGUCCGGUUUGGUCGAAGGAGUGGGUCCAGCAAAACAAGUGUGUUUGACUACUUGCAUAGCCUAUUCGUUUACUUGCGCUCUUGACGCAUGUAUGGGUUUGUAACGUUACUGUAGUGUAGCUAAUAUUGCAUAUUUUGCUCGAUGUAAAAAUGUUUAAGCAAGAUCUAUGCAUAGCCUACCACAGCAUAACAUUGUUAUACCAUAAGCAUUGUUUUUUCUUCUUCCCCAUUUCAUUUCUCCUAUUAUCAGCGCUAGCAGUUGAGGAAAAAAAAGCAAUGCAACCACCAGAUCUUCGACAAGUCACUGUUUUGCCUAAAGCCGAAUGGCUCCGAAUUCAAGGUAGUUUGAAUCAAGGGAAUAAAUACAACGAGAGUCUAAAGGAAGCAACCAAACAACGAGAAGCUAUGCACCUGAGGUCCAAGGAGGUGGUAAAAUUCUGGUCUAACACAAUAGCUGGACAAAGACAAAAGAAACUGGAGGCAAAGAGGAUUCGGGAGGAACUUGAAGAAGAUGAGAAGAAACAGAUGGAUAUUGAGGAGGCUAAAUAUCAGGCGCAAAAGAGGAAAGAAGCUAUUGAAAAGGCCAAAACUCAACAGUACUACGAGACUGAUCGUGUGAAAGGAUUUCAUCGUGCACUCUUGCUGACAGAAGUCCUGAAGGAAAGGGAGGCCCAGAUAGAACUGAAGCAGAGAAAGCAGGAUACCUCCAAAGAUGUGGACAAGGAAAUCAUGGCUAUCAUUAAGUGUAGAGAGGAUGAAGCUUUGCAAAAGGAGCAGCAGAAAGCUUUGCAGAGGAAGCUUGACAUCCAGGCCACAGCAGAAGACUUAAAACAGCAGGCAAAGGAACAUGAGAUGAAUAGAGAACGGGAGAAACUGGAAAACAAGAAAGAGGCUGAGGAACUCCAGCGACUAAAAGAGCUUUUUCUGUGGGAGCAAUGCAUGCAGGAGCAAAAGAAAGAGGAGCAGAAGAGAAAUACCAUGAAAGCUCACAUGGAGCAUCUCUCUAACAGAGAUAUCAUUAGAGCAAUAGAGGCACAAAAGCAAGAGAUGGAAGAGGAGCGCAGGAGGCUUUUUGCAAAUGCAAAACAGAAAAUGGUGAAGUUGAGGAAAGACAAAGAGGAAGAGAUGUUCAGAGAGGUCCAAAUGCACAGGGGGGGGAUCAUGAAUAAACUGGCUGCAAAACAGCAGGAGCAGACGGAAAAUGAGGAACUCAUCGCCAAGGCUAUUGCUCAACGGGAUGCCAGACAGGCACAGCAGCAGAAGGAGAAAGAUGACAAGAGGAUGGCUAUGCUGGACUCAAUUGCCUCACACAGAGAAGCCAUGAAAGAAGAACAGGAGCAGAAGGAAAGAGAACACAACGAGAGAGCUAUUGACAUGCUUUAUGCCAAGAAAGAAGCAGACAGAAUAUUUAUUGAAAAACAACACCUGAAGGCACUGAAAAUGAAAGAGGAUGGAAGAACUUUACAAGACGUCUACAUUCAUCAAAUGGCUGAAAAACAUGCCAAGGAACAGCACAUAAGAAAGCAACAACAGGACUUUGAGACCAAAAAUGCAGAGCUCAUUGCUGUGGAGGAGAAGCAGUUCCAGCAGUAUGCAAACAAUGUGAUCGAUACAGCCACCGAGGCCAAGAGAAAUAUUCACCCACUCCGCAAAGCUGCCAGGGAGGGAAUUGGAGGUGGUCUUGGCCCCAUCUUUGGAGGAGUGAGGCCAAGUUACUUGGUUCAAGAUGACACUGGUGUCCAGAUGCCCAAUUACGUUGGCAGUAGAUCUCAGGACGUCAAAGAGCUGAAUGAGACACGUGAUAUUCAGCAAUCCAAGAAAAGACUUGGAUUCACAUGGUAAACAUCUGUUGAAAAGAGCAACAUGGUCAGGUGAAGCAUGAUUAGAAAAACAAUAAAUCAAUGGAAUU